AUGAGUGAAGAAACUGCUGCAGGCGAGCGGUUUGCCAUUGGUAUUGCCUUUGGCAACUCCAGCAGCUCCAUCGCUUUUACCAACCCUGACGGAAAAGCCGAAGUCAUUGCCAACGAAGAAGGAGACCGUCAAAUUCCGACAAUCCUCUCCUACGUCGACAAAGAAGAAUUCCAUGGAACACAAGCCAAGGCACAGCUUAUCCGGAACUCCAAGAACACUGUCGCCUACUUCCGGGACUAUCUCGGCAAGGAUUUCAAGUCGAUAGAUCCUACUCCCUCCCACCAGUCGGCACACCCCCAGCAGAGCGAUUCUACCGUGACCUUCUCGAUCCACGACACCAGCAAUGAAACCCCAAGCACCGUCUCCGUCUCUGAAAUCACAACCCGUCACCUGCGUCGCUUGAAGCAGUCUGCGUCGGACUUUUUGGGAAAGACCGUCAACGCCGCUGUGAUCACCGUACCCACCAACUUCGCCGACUCCCAGCGCGAAGCCUUGGUUGCCGCUGCCAAGGAUGCCGACAUUGAAGUGCUGCAAUUGAUUCACGAGCCCGCCGCGGCCUUGGUGGCUUAUGAUGCCAGACCCGAGGCUGAUGUCAAAGACAAGCUCGUUGUGGUCGCUGACCUCGGUGGUAUCCGAUCCGAUGUGGCCGUCGUGGCCUCUCGCGGCGGAAUCUACACCAUUCUGGCCACUGUCCAUGACUACGAACUGGGCGGUGCCAACUUGGACCAGGUUGUCAUGGAUUACUUUGCCAAGGAAUUCAUCAAGAAGCACAAGGUCGACCCUCGCGAGGACGUCCGUGGCUUGGCCAAGUUGAAGGCGGAGUGCGAGGCCACCAAAAAGGCUCUGAGUAUCGGUACCAACGCGACCCUGAGCAUCGAAAGUCUCACCAACGGUAUCGACUAUGGCUCCAAUAUCAACCGGACGAGAUAUGAGCUUUUGGCUGCAAAGGUCUUCGCUCAAUUCACUAGCUUGAUUGAGUCGGCUGUGAAGAAGGCUGAGCUUGACACCCUAGACAUUGACGAGGUUAUCCUGGCCGGUGGUACUUCUCACACCCCCAAGAUUGCUCGUCUUGUUGAGGGCAUUUUCCCCGAAACCACCCAGGUUUUCGCCCCGUCCACUCUUCCAUCUGCCAUCAACCCUUCUGAACUAGCUGCCCGUGGUGCCGCAUACCAAGCCUCGCUGAUCCAGGAGUUUGACGCCGAGGACAUUGAGCAAUCGAUCCACCCCAUGGUCACUGUGACGCCGCACCUCAGCAACGCCAUCGGUGUGCAACUGGUGUCUGCCGAUGCCUCUGCUGCCGACGCCGUGUUCCGCCCUCUUGUCAACGCCAACACCGCUCUUCCAGCCCGACGUGUCGCCCAGUACCUGGCUCCCAAGGACGGCGGCGAUGUCCUCGUCCGCAUCACCGAAGGCACGCGUGAAAUCAAGGUCACCAAGCCCGAGCCCAAGGCCAAAAAGGAAGUCGACGAAGACGAAGAAGACUCGGACAUUGACUCGGACGAAGACGAGGAAGAGGAAGACAUUCGUGAAAUCGUGUGGAAAGCCACCAAGACCAUCGCCGAAGUCGCCGUCAAGGGUGUCAAGGCCGGCGGCAAAGUCGAGGUCACUAUCAACAUCAACUCGGAUCUCGGUGCUCAAAUCACUGCUCGAGAAGUUGGUGGAAAGGGCGGCGUGCGACUUGCUGUGGAAUCCCAACCUAAUGGUUCCGCUUAG